GAGUCAACUGCACCAAGCAACGCAAUGAAGGAGCUUCGCGUUGAGAAGCUCGUCAUCAACAUCUCCGUUGGUGAAUCUGGUGACAGACUUACACGUGCAGCCAAGGUCCUCGAACAACUCACUGGUCAAACUCCAGUCACCUCAAAGGCUCGUUACACCGUCCGUACCUUCGGUAUCCGUCGUAACGAAAAGAUCGCCUGCCACGUUACCGUUAGAGGUCCAAAGGCUGAGGAAAUCCUCGAACGUGGUCUUAAGGUCAAGGAAUACGAACUCAAGAAGGGCAACUUCUCUGAAACUGGUAACUUUGGUUUCGGUGUUGACGAGCACAUCGAUUUGGGUAUCAAGUACGACCCAGGUAUUGGUAUCUUCGGUGCUGACUUCUACGUCGUCAUGUCCCGCCCAGGAUACCGUGUUGCUAAGCGCAAAUCACGUACCAACAAGAUUGGCUUCCAACACAAGGUCAAGAAGGAGGAAGCACAAGCUUGGUUCAGACAACGUUUUGAUGGUAUUAUCUCCGCCAAGUAAGAAGAUCAAUAAUGUAAGAAUAGUUUAUUACUUGGUAGUAUAAAUGCAUGUCGCUCGAGAAAUUCUAUUUUGUUUGCCAC